AUGUUGGAUUACAUGCUUAGAUUUGAUGAUAAGAAGCUAAUCCAAUCACUAGACGAACAAGGCCGGACUUGCCUAUCUUAUGCCGCAUACAUGGGUUAUCAUGAACAAGUUCAAAGUUUAUUGACUGCAGUUCCACACUGCGCAUAUAUCAGCAAUAAAGAUAAAUCCUUUCCAAUUCACCACGCAGCUUUAGGCGGCCAUCUUAGUGUCAUCGAUUUGUUGAGUACCUCUAGUUUCUUACUCGAUUCGAGAAGCCAAAAUAUUCUUCAUCUCGCUAUAAUUACUUCUAACUUUAAACUCGUAACACAUCUGCUUAACUUUUUUGAUGUUUCGUCUUUGAUCUACCAAAAAGACGAUGAUGGUAAUACUCCUUUGGAUUUGGCUAUGAAAUUAAACGCGAUUGAUCAUGACGAAAAAGUUAUUAGAAGACUAGUUUUGACGUUAGAAAGAGCUGCAAGAGGCCUUAGAUCUUGUCCUAUUGAUGGUAAUUUGUAUCAACUUUUAAUUCGUGGGGAGAUUGUUCGAAUUUCCCAAAUUACUUCGGAUAAAGGGUUUGAUUUAUCUGAUCUCGAAUGCAUAGACAACGGGUGUACUAUUCUUCACAUCGCAGCCAGUAUGAACCAACCCUUUUCGGUUAUGGAACUGCUUAGGAACGAUUGUAGCACAUCGCUCAUGUAUCAAGCAAACAACAACGGUGACCUUCCCAUUCAUUCGGCUGCUCAGGCAGGCGUUUUAGGGUCUCUCAAAGCUCUUCUUGAAUGGUCUAAUAUUUCGACGGAUGUAUGCAAAAGCAUGAAUGUUAAAGGAAAUACAGCAUUACAUAUAGCUGUGUCAAAUAAUCAGCAAAAGAUGGCAAAUUACUUGUAUAAACAAUGUCCAGAAGCAGCAUAUUAUUUGAAUGAGGACCAUAUCUGUCCCUUGUUUUUGGCUAUUAAAAUUUGGGGUGCGAGUGAUACCGUCCAUGAUAUGAUUAUUGGGCUCGAAGGAAAUAUACAUACUCAAAGCAGCUUGAUGGGUGCAAAAUCAGUUGUACAUAUGGCAAUUUUUACUAGGAAAACAGGUCAGUUCUAG